GGAAGAUUUUCCACUUUUUCUGGAAGCCUUCGUCAAACUAAGUCAACAUUUCGUUAUUUGGUGCUUGGAUUUCGAUAUCAAUAUGGUAGAAAUGAAAUUAAGUAUAUAGACAGCUGUUGUAAGAAAAUAUAUGAUGAUAUUCGAUGAGGAAAUAGCAUCCAGUCGAAAUGAAAUGUACAGAACUCUACCAACGGACGCAAUAAACUCUCUCCAUGUCUCGAAAGCGUGACGGCCGCCAGAUGUUGAUGCUACGGCUUAGCAACAUGGUGCGGAAAGAGUCCGACACGACGUCCAUGACGUCUGGGACGUCCAAGGGAUCCGACCGCCGUAAGGGCUCACGGUUAUCCAGCAUCCAGAGCAUACUAUUCCGGCGUUCAAGUCGGUCACGUGUUGUGUACACGAGUAAAAAAUCCCAGACGGCGGCAAGUACGUCGUCAUCGGGAGGGGAGGCGGAAACCACAUCGUCUGAAUCAAGCAUAAGUGCGCGUAGUCAUCCUUUCAAUGAGCGCGAUAUGACGUUGCAGUCACUUACGCCGUCACCAGUGCCGCGGUCGACGAGCAUGACGUCACACCAGGGGUCGCACCGCUGCGAGAACGGGAUGUUAGAAUGUCCGCUGUGUUUCAUCGAGCAGGAGGAGGAACAUUUCCCGACCGUCAUGACGUGUGAUCACCGCUCAUGUCGCAGUUGCCUGCAGCAGUAUCUCAAGAUCGAGAUAACGGAGUCGCGUGUCGAUAUUGCUUGCCCGGAGUGUUCGGAGAAGUUUCACCCGAACGAUAUUCGGAUGAUUCUAGAGGAUGAUUCACUGAUGUUGAAGUUUGAGGAGUUUACGUUACGGAGGGUGCUGGUGACUGAUGCCGAUGUGAGGUGGUGUCCAGCUCCUGAUUGUGGCUAUGCCGUGAUAGCGUCUGGUUGCGCCAGCUGCCCAAAACUCCACUGCGAGCGGCCCGGCUGCAACACCAACUUCUGCUACCACUGUAAACAAUACUGGCACCCCAACCAGACGUGCGACGCGGCGCGCGCCGAGAGGAUGGAGCUAUCGCCGAACAUGCGAUCCUCGUCACUCAGCUACAGCCACGACUCCGGAGGUAAUAAGGAUGGGAACUCGUGGGAGAUCAAACCUUGCCCACGCUGCGGUGCUUAUAUCAUCAAGAUGGAUGACGGCUCCUGUAAUCACAUGACCUGCGCCGUUUGUGGCGCAGAGUUCUGCUGGCUCUGCAUGAAAGAAAUUUCAGACCUUCAUUACUUGAGUCCGUCUGGCUGUACAUUCUGGGGCAAGAAGCCCUGGAGUCGCAAGAAGAAGAUACUCUGGCAGCUAGGGACGCUGGUCGGUGCUCCAGUGGGGAUCGCCUUGGUGGCCGGCAUAGCUGUUCCCGCUAUGAUUAUAGGCAUACCGGUCUGGGUCGGUAGGAAGAUCAACGCUCGUUACACGACCUCGCCAAAGCACAAGCGCAACCUGGCAAUAGCUGGUGGUGUCACUGCCAGCAUCCUCAUAUCGCCGGUCGUGGCCGGAUUAGCCGUUGGCAUCGGCGUUCCGAUCCUGUUGGCGUACGUCUACGGUGUGGUGCCAAUCUCGUUGUGUCGCAGUGGAGGGUGUGGCGUGACGACGACAAACUCUGGCGUCAGGUUCGAGUUUGAGGAGGAGAAUGAGGGAGCUACUGCCGGGCAGGGAAACUAUGGAGGUGACACCCACAGUAUUGAAACUAGCAGUCAUCGUGUCGCCAACCCAAGCAUCGGGCCGAGCAUCGGCGAGGUCUCCAUGGCGAUGACAAACAGUCUGAGCGCAAGCGGAAGUCACAUGGACAGAGUAGGCGUCAUACGUGAUGAGAGUGAUCGGGAUUCCGCUAGCAAUCGUGCCCUGGCUGGGGCGAGUUUGAACGGCAGUCUUAGCGGAAGUGCGGUAGCGGGACCUAGCGGCUUUCAAAAUAGGUUAGAAGUACAUGCUGACGUUGCGACCAGUGCCUGCAUGGGGAAGCGCGCCAGCUUCAGCAGUGAGUCCGCCAACUUCAGUCUCAGUGAGAAGUCGGCCAUAUUGCCAUGCGGCGACGAUGCCAGUAUGAAAGCGCUCGCUGGCUCAAUUAUCGGUGGGAGGGAUAACGCCAGCAUCUCGUCGAUCAUUCCCCCACUAGACGUCCACAUUGACAUCAACGAAACCAGCCAAUCGAAAUCAGCCUCCAACCACGGUUCGCCAAUAUCUGGACGGAGCGUGACGUUCUGCGAGGAAGGAAAAGGGCAUCAUGGGAAGAAACGCCAUCGCCAUCGCAGCCGAAGUUUCGGCGAUAAAAUCCACGAACAUUCGGAGCAUCCAGAGGAGAGUGCCAUCGAGCGACUGAGUAUGCACAGCCUUGCUUUGGAUGAGUCCAGCGCGGAAACGAGUCCUCGCGACGCGGACGGUGAUAGUUCUUGUAAUGGCCACCAGGCGGUAGUAAUCAAACACGGUGGCUUAACAGAAGUCGAGAGCGAUCGACCGGAAGGUUAUAACAUGCGUACGAUUCAUAAAACUAUCCCGGAGGAUGAUAAAUUAGUCGAGGGGCCCGUCUUGUGUAAUAUAUUUGAGGAAAAAUACACCGGGCCGUCGUCGACAAUGGCGUCAGAUCCAGGAUUAAAUCGUAAAGACUCGCGCGGUGGGAACCCAAGGGAUUGUGAUAAGGAUAUAGGAUUAUCUCGGGCUGCGUCGGAUGGAUUACGAUUAAGCGACGAUAAUCUGUCAUUUUCGCAAAGUCGGCGGAAAAGUUGUCAACUUGCGAUGAUGGAAGGACGUCUGCUAAUGGAUAUUGAUCAGCGUUCAUCCGAUAUCGUGUGAUUGGCCGAGAUUGGUCAUGUGAUCAAUACGAAGCGAUCAUGCGAUCAGUGCCGAAGGAUGGUUCUUGGAUUAUUCAUUGCUUUCAUGUGAUUGGACAAUAUUGGUCAUGUGAUCAUUGAGGUCACGUGAUCACCGGAGGACAGGUUGUCUGGUUGCCAAGUCAUGCAUGAUUUAAAGGGACAAUAUAGGCAGCUGCUAGGCAGGCAAGAUAAAGUUACACAAAGUCGCCAAUAGAGGUCUCUCCCAUCGCACAGUACAUCGAAAUGAUUCACUCUUUUACGAGGAAUAUAUUUAGUGCUGAAUCGAGCAUGACCCAGUGCCUCUACUGUGCAUAUUAGCCACCCAAAGAUGGCCAAUUUUUACCUCACUGCUCCUGCCUAUAAUCCCCUUUUAAGGUGGCAUAUCAUUCCAUAACCGCUGCCAUGGUGUAUGUCUGGUGUACCAUUUUCUCGAAUGUUAGUCAUAAAAACAGAAGUACACCCCACAAAGCUAUCCUAAUAUUGUUGAAAUCAAAGCAUUUUAUACUACUAUUUUGAUAUGGUUAAUGUGAUUACAAUGUACUUGGUUAAAUAUGAAUUUUUUUUGUUUCCAUGCGAAAUACACACUGCUCUCUAUAAAGGACACUCUCGGGACUGACAAGUGCUGUCCUUAAUAGAGAUGUGUCCUGAUUAGAGAGCUCAAAUUGAAUGGGAAAAAAAUGGUACCAAAACUAGGACACUCUUGCGACUGUCUGGUAGGUUGUCCUUAAGAGAGAGGUGUCCUGAUCAGAGAGGUGAAAUUGAAUGGAACAAAACACCUAGGUACCAAAACUAGUGUCCUUAUUAGAGACGGUGUCCAAAUAGAGAGGUUUCGGCCAAGUGAGGUUUUACUGGUUAGGUUAUUUUGUAUCCAAGAUCUGCAUUCUGUCGCUGGUAACCUUCAAUUUUUUUGUACCAGUUAUCUUCCAUGUACAUGAAAUACUGUACAAUGGCAAAUAUACAAAUGUAAAAAAACUCAUUAUGUUAAAGUGGACUGUGUUGCGUCGGUGUUGAAAUAUUAAUGCGUUGUCAGUGAUUAAAAGUUGUGUUGAAAAUAUGAUUAUUGUAAAUUGGGAUUUCAGUGUUACAAGUUGUGAAGAGCAGAUCACUAGAUCUUUGUACAGUUUACCAUUGGCCAUUUUGUAAGAUAUUUUCGCCACGACAUUGAGGAAAUGAUGUUAUAUUGUCCUGGCGUUACCUACGUUUAAAGAAUCUUUCUGGAGUUUUUCGUUAAAGCGUUAGAAAAUACUCCAAACCCAAUGAUAUUUAAAGAUGGCUUUGUAGAUACUGCUGUAAAUUUCCAGUGGGACAGACAGAAAAUUCUGCAAAAACGUUCAUCUGAUUGCAAAAUAUGUAACGAUAAAAAGGUUUUUGCACAAUGUUAAUCAUCGCCUUGAUGUUUCAAAUGGUUACACCAUGCUACUUUGAAAGUUAUACGUUUGACCGCUAGAUGACGUAUCGGCCAGAUUUGGAUCCGACUCGUGACUUGGUCUGAAGCCUCCUUCAUCUCGAUUCAUGUUGGUGGUUUUACGAAUCCAAAUCGACUGAAAAUUUUCAGACAAUAACUAGGCCAACCUGCGAUGGUAAAAAUUGACGUCCAAUCAUGGGAAUAACUCCACCUUAUCAAAUGAUAAAAUAGUUUCAUCACAAGCAACAUUGCUUGAUCUUGGAAAAAUUUCGAUGAUAACAGUCAAUUUCCCAACUGAUUAUAAAGAGAUAUUAGCGACUUAUAAAGUGUUUAUUUAUUGUUGUUUUGUUGACAUUUUCAUGUUGUGAUUCAGUUUGUACAAAUUUGGUCAAAAAAUGGAUAUUUUUCGUUCUUUUUUGGUGUAGAGAUAUUUUUAUUUACUUUCUAUCGAAGUUGUGAAGAGACUCGUUAUCAGAGAGGUUGCGCCCCCAUCGAACUCCCACUGCAACUUCAUCACCGAGGUUGAGUUACAGUUAUCUAGUGAUAUUAGAUUUAUUUUGAUUGAAAGUGUUUUUCAGAUAGAUCUGGCCAAAAGGUCUUGGCUGACCUCUGGACGCUAAACUGUAUAGCGUGAUCACAAAUAGUAAAGUUACACAGCCCUGGGCAGUCGGUGUCAUAGUUGACGGGCUUAGUUGAUGGGCUUAGUUGACGGGCUUAGUUGACAGGCUUAGUUGACUGGCUUAGUUGACACCGUGAAAGAGCAUUGCUUCGGUCUACCCCAAGGCUGAUUUAGUGUUCGGGUAACAGCAAUUUUUUAUUGAUCAGUCAGAAAAUUGAAAUAAUAUUUUCUGUGUGUGAUGCAAUUCAGGUGAUAGUGUUUACAUAUGAAUAUGGCCAAGUUUACAUAUGAUUCAUGUUGUCACAUGUCAUGGUUUACAUAUAACAUGUCACUUGUCACAAGCAAUGUAAUUGGCUAAAACAUGACAUGGGGGUGAAAAAAAAUGACAUAUGGAAUCUUAUGUAGCCAGCUCUUUGGAAAUGACCUAAAUUUAAAAUCAAACAUGUUUCCUCCAAAAUUCGAGUGGUACUCAAAUCCUUUUGUAAAAAUGAGAAUUUCCAAAUUGUGGUACUUGUCAGAAUAUAAAAUUACCGUAGUGUUCGUAGUGUUAAAAAUUACAAAGUGUAAAUGUAUUAUGAUAAUUUAACUGCAUGUUAUAUAUUGGUGCCACCUAGUGGUCAAAUUUUGUAUUAUAAUUUUCAUUCUUCGAUUAUAUAAGGACGAUAUUUUGUUUUUUGGUGGAAAAGCUUUGUUUCAGUUUAUGAUGUUAUGACAUGAAUAUAUUUAAGGCUUUGGUGGCAGACCAAGAGCAAGGAAAGUGAUUGGGUCGCUGACAAGUAAAGGUGGAGUGUCCCGUGAUGAUGCUCGGCCGGCACUAAUGGUAAUUACAUAGUUCCCGUAAAGACGGAUGCUGUCGGCUGCAUUUGAAAAUGUACACAUUCAUUCUACGAGCUGUUUGUCUAUACUCAAGAUUCAAGGCUCUAAGGCCACUUUUUAAUGUUCAGUUUUGAAGCCAUUCGACUGGUUCAAUUAAGAUAGACAAUUGGUUUGCAACAUUAUCAAAAGUUGUCGGAGGACCAUGAGGUCGCGUUCCGGCUUGAUCUUACUUUCAGUUUCAUAGUAAUUUAUCAACUGGUCUGAGAUCGUUGAAACUAGAGUAUAUUCGGAUGCAUAUCUGCAGCGCCAUCUACACAGAUACUCUGUAACAAUCAGUAGUGCCAGCCUAACUUUAGCUCGAGACACUCCUCUUGAAAUAGUAUCCUAGUGAAUUUCGGAAGUUUUGCUGAAUAAAACGGUGGCUAAUUAAACAUCAUUUCUUCAAAAAUGUCUUCAAAGUUGUGAUUUAUUUUGUUGUUUUCUCAAAGGUUUUGAUAGGGGUAUGAAUAACAAAAUUAAUGGAACUCAGCUGGAGUUUUUGUUAAGUUCUUUUUUUCUCAAAGUUGCAGAAAUCUAGUGGCCAAAUUAGUUUCUUGAGUGAAAGAAAGGUAUUUAAAUGAAAUACAUUGCAUAAAAUCAUACUGGGUAUGUUUGUAAAGGGAAUGCCUUCACGGUGAAAUGGACAAAUGCAUAUUGGUUUUUUGCCUGUUCGUAUUAACAAUAUGUUUUCCACCAAUAUGCUCUAUAUCCUUUACCAUUCAGUUGCUUUGGGCCUUGCAUACUCUUGCAUCUAUGUUGUACAAAUAGCAUUUGGAGCUGCAGUGGCAUACUGUUUAAAUGUCCGGUUUAUGAUCCAAAGGUUGUGGGUUCAAAUCUAAUCUUGUUGCUGCUCUGUCUUCGACUUGUGAUCAUUCCCAGGUGACGACUUCAAACAGUUAAAACUGUCAGUUCACCUUUAAACUCCAGACGGAACAAACCAUUUUCCAGAUAGGGAAGAUCCAAGUAGUGCAUGUAAUGCAUGAGUACCAAUACAGGUGACACCCCCCCCCCCCCCUCCCACAUUGGGUCAUACCCAUUCACUCGUGGCCAGGCCACAAGUGCUGAGUGUUUAAAGAGUAUUUUUGGUAGCACCCUCUCCAGAGUUCUGACGUACUGCACAUUUGUGCGGGCUGGCAGUGACCUUGCUUCUUCACCUUUAAAUUUGGUGACAGUUAUGUGGGAAACUUAAGUGUGGACAAGCAGACAGUUGCUAUACACACGGGUAGAACAGCCCAAUGACCAGUCUUUGUAAUACUCAGGGUUGAGACUUAAUUAGUGCACAGUCUAAUGCGCAAAUAUAAAUCCCUUACAAAAAUGUGCUUGAGUGAUAUUGACAUCUCUGCAUUACAAAGAUUUUGAUCACUGGACUCUUCUCUUGGUGUGCACUGUAUGUGGGGGGGUCAUACCUAUGUGUCCCGGUACCUAUAUGUCCCGGUACCUAUGUGUCCCGGUACCUAUAUGUCCCGGUACCUAUGUGUCCCGGUACCUAUAUGUCCCAGUACCUAUGUGUCCCGGUACCUAUGUUUCCCGGUACCUAUGUGUCCCGGUCAGUACAAGAAACGUGAUUUUAGCUAGGAUUAGGCCUAUUGUCAUGACAUCCUCGGCACCAGUGGUUUUCGAUAUGCUCCGGCUCUUGGCUAUUUGUAAGGACGAAGGGGUAUCAAAAGGAUAUAGUCGUGAUAGUCGCCGUCAUAAGUUAAGUGUCCAUAAGAAGAAAAAAAACGGCCCCAGCCCUGACCCCAAAAAAUCAAAGUGCUCAAGGAACAAAACCAAAUUCACUUGUCUUCCAAAUCUCUUAGACCUACCUUGAAAUUGUGUUGGGUCCAAAAUUAGAUUGAGGAAAAACCAUCGUUUUUAUUGAAGUAACCAAAAACGCCAGUGACAUUUACUUAUGAAGCAGGCUAUCAUGACUUUAUCAUGACUAUCGGCCUAAUCCUAAAAUCGCAUUUCUACUGCCCGGGACACAUAGGUACUGGGAAACAUAGGUACCGGGACACAUAGGUACCGGGAAACAUGGGUACCGGGACACAUAGGUACCCCUUUAAUAUGGGGACACAUAGGUACCGGGACACAUAGGUACCGGGACACAUAGGUAUGGACCCGUAUGUGGGUACAUGCAUGUAUUGCACUGUAUCUUGGUACAUGUAUGUAUUGCACUGUAUGCAUCAGCACAGUGUGUGUAUAGCACUGUGUGCAUCAACACAGUGUGUAUAGUACUGUGUGCAUAACACUGUGUGUACAGCACUGUCCGAUAGAGCAGUCAAUUGUAGACAUUUUGUGGUUCAGUUUCCAUUUGGUUACUCUGAAAUAAUUCAGGAUGCAAUUUUCUCGAUUGCAGCGCCAUGUCUUAGGAAGUGAUCGAGAUUGUGGUGCUGUGUAUGACAGGAAUUGUAACUGUUACAAAUGGCCUAUAAUCCCUGUUUAAAUCCCCAAAUUCCUAAUCUGCAAACCAAGAUUGGCAAGAUAAAAAAGAAGUUGCCAACGAAUUGGAUAAUUUUCAAACUCCUCUUUGCUUGUGUUGAGACAUUAAGGCUAACAUGAGAGUGAAACUUCUAGGAAGACUUCUAAGCUUAGACUUAGGGGAAGGAAUUUCUUGUUCAAGAAUAGAUUCUGCCCCAUUAUCAACCUUUGACUUAGGAAUUACCUUUGCUGAUUGGAUCUGUUCUGCGUCGUCGUCGUGCCAUGUUUUGACUACAUGUGUGUUUUUCUACCACCUAAUUAGCAUGGCGUCUGCUCUAUUGUCCUUUUCCAAUUUUAUAAGGUAGACUUUGUGGCGAUUUGACCCAAGUACAGUGAAUCUGAGUAUCGUCCAUCGAGUGUUCUGUAAGUUCGGUAGUUACCAACGUCGAUUUGUCAGUAAAAGAGAGCUUUGAGUACACAGUGUCUUGUUUUGUCAUACUCUGCAUACAAGCAAUUUAAAUCGUAGCAACUUGCCAAUGUCAAUUUGUGAGAAAAAGAGCUUUGACUAUACUGUGUCUUGUUUUGUCACACUUCGCAUACAAGCAAUUUGAAUCGCUGCAUCUCUCAAUUAAAAUCGCGACUGUUUCAACUUGAGGCAGUUCCGGCAGAAAUACAGAAUUAAGUCUCCUAGUAGGCAAAAAAUGUACAAGUUCAAAGCGCUGUACAGGCUAUUGUACCAAGACAAUAAUUGUACCACUUUACCUUUAAUAUUGUCCAUGCGUCACAUUGUGUAGUGUCAUUUCAUCAUUCUGUCCAAAAUAUGUGUACGACUCUCGGCAUCUCCGGCCAGUGGGUGGUGGCGAUUUUUUUCACCAAGUUUUGCAGGUACUCAAAAAUGUUCUGUUGAAACCUUCCAGCUUUCUUUGCAGUAUUCGUUUCCCAAGUGUCCGAGAGAUGAUGUUAAUAAUUAAUUCACUGCAAUAGUGCUUUUUGCGAAUGACUUUUGUAAUUUUCAAUCAAGUCUGCUUCAAACCAGCAGGAAAAGAUUUUUUUUCAGCAGACACAAAAAAAUAGAAGGUGGGUCCCCUUGGGUCC